UUAUUAUAGAAAAAAAGAAGAAAAAGUAAAGGUGCAGAGAAGCAGAGGAAAUGGAGUUGAAAGAAGAAAAGGAACACAUUUUCCAGUCAAAGCUUCCUGACAUAAACAUACCCACUCAUCUCCCUCUGCACACAUAUUGCUUCCAAAACCUCUCCUCCCACCGCCACCGCCCCUAUCUAAUCAACUCCGCCACCGCCCAAACCUUCACCCAUGCCGAAUUCGAGCUCACCUCUCGCAGAGUCGCCGCCGGCUUCCACACCCUCGGAAUCCACAAAAACGACGUCGUCAUGCUCCUCCUCCACAACUCUCCGGAAUUCGCCUUCGCAUUCCUCGGCGCCUCCUUCCUCGGCGCGAUCUCCACCACCGCCAAUCCUCUCUACACCGCCUCGGAGAUCUCGCUUCAGGCUAAAAUCUCGAGACCUAAGCUCAUAAUCACCCACGCUUGUUACGCUGAGAAGGUGCGCAAUUGCGGCGCGAAAAUCGCCACAAUCGACCCUCCGCCGUCGCCGGAGAUCCUCAAUUUCGCUGAAAUUAUGAGAUCUGACGAGAAUCUGCUCCCGCCGGUCGAGAUCCAGGCGGAGGACACGGCGGCGCUGCCGUUCUCCUCCGGCACCACCGGUCUCCCUAAAGGAGUGAUGCUGAGCCACAGAAACCUGGUCGCGUGCGUGUCGCAGCAAACGGACGGCGAGAAUCCGGCGGUGUACACCGAUAGUGAGGAUCGGAUGCUCUGCUUGCUGCCGAUGUUCCACGUGUACAGUAUGAUUUCGGUGAUGCUCGUGUGCCUGCGUGUGGGUGCGGCCGUGGUGAUUGUGCCUAAGUAUGAAAUCAAUGAGCUGAUGAGGUUAAUAGAGGAAUACAGAGUGACGAUUGCGCCGUUUGUGCCGCCGAUAUUGCUGGCAAUUGCCAAGAGCGCGGCUGCGGAGAAGUUCGAUUUUUCGUCGGUGAGGAGAGUCCUCUGCGGCGCGGCGCCGACUGAUAGAGAGCUUGAGCUAGCUCUCAAAGCAAAGCUCCCUAAUGCUGUUAUUGCUCAGGGUUAUGGCAUGACUGAAGCCGGAUUACUAUCUAUAAGCUUAGGGUUCGCCAAAAGGCCAUUCAAAUUCAAGGCUGGUUCAUGCGGAACUGUGAUUAGAAAUGCGCAGAUGAAGAUCAUCGACCCCUCCACUGCCGCCUCUCUUCCUCGGAAUCAGAUGGGGGAGAUCUUCAUCAAGGGAGACGCUGUGAUGAAAGGCUACUACAACGACCCGGAGGCGACAAGGAGGACGAUUGAUGAACAAGGGUGGCUGCAUACAGGCGAUCUAGGGUACAUAGACGACGAUGAUGAAGUAUUCAUCGUGGAUAGAUUGAAGGAAUUGAUCAAAUACAAAGGCUUUCAUAUUGCUCCUGCUGAACUGGAAGCAUUGCUCAUUGCUCAUCCCUCUAUAUCUGAAGCUGCUGUUGUGCCUAUGGCGGAUGAGGCCGCUGGAGAAGUUCCAGUUGCAUUUGUCGUCCGAGCAAAUGGUGCUUAUAUUACCGAGCUAGAGAUCAAGAGCUAUAUAGCAAAGCAGGUGGCGCCGUACAAACGCAUCAAUCGUGUAUUUUUUACUGCUACAAUUCCAAAAGCAUCCACCGGUAAAAUUUUAAGGAAAGAUCUACGAGCUAGACUUUGAUUUCAUUCGAGGUUUGCAAGUAUUACUUACACCAAAUAAUAACAUUUGGAUUACCCAAAAAAAAAAGAACAUAUGUCGUUUUCAAUGAAAUUGAGAAGUGGAUACGUUAGAUAUCUUUGGAA